GAACCUCCUUGUCCUUGGGCGAGGCUGCCGCUCAUGUCGAGUGGUUGUACAUCAGUGCCAGUGUUGACGAGAAGGUGGAGAUGAUGCUCCAUCCCCGGUGCAGUCUUGGCCUGCGUCCUCUCAUGGUGGCCUUGCGGUUCAUCGUGGAGCUGCAGCUUCUCUCUUGGGUCCAGUUCCAGAACUACGAGUGUGGAGCUCUGGCGUUCUACCAGUGGUGCAACUAUUGGCAAGCGAACGCAGAGCGCGAGCCCUUGGUCAUCAACAUGGAUGAGUCAAGCCUUGCUUUUCAUUGGAGCGGCUUAGUUGGAACAGUUGCGGAGGCAGCAGUGAGUGUGGCGACAGACAAGGCCAAGCUCAGCAGCCGAAGGGCGCGGUUGACGCGGAAGUUCCUCCGGUUGCUGUGUGCCCGUUUGGGCGACUUGUUGAAGACGCGCAGCGUGGGCUUAUUGCUCGAUUUCGCUCCGUGCCAUGUGCAUGAUUCGAUUUUUGAAUUGGCCCGAAGCGCGGGGCUGCGCUUGUUGUUUGUCCCCCCUGGCAUGACGCCACUUCUGCAGCCUUGUGACACCCACUGCCUUGCAGCCUUCAAAAAUAACGCCCAAGAGAAUUGGAGGGUGAAGAAGAGUGAAGCUGGUGGGCAUCCAACUCUGUUGAUGUGGUUCCAAGCUGUGGCAGCUGCAAUCCAUGACCUUGUUCAUAGAAAUUGGGCUCGGGCCUUUGAGAGUGAUGGAAUUCUGCAGCAACAGCGGAACAUGUCAAGUCAUUUGUUGAAGCAGCUACACUGGAGUACCGCGCCCCAGGUCUCGCCAGUGUGGCCCAGCGAGGAGGUGGCAACUCUACUCUUUCCGCGCAACUGGUGUGGGAACCGUGCGAAACAUAUCAGUGGAAACCCUGACGUGUGGUACAUUCGUACUUUGAAUUAG